AUGCGUACGCUGCUUAAUAGAGCAGCAGCAGCAGCCCUGUGGGGCCGUCUUGCUGCUGCUAGCAGCAGCAGCUGCUGCAGCAGCAGCAGAAGCUGCUGCCGUGUCUAUCCCCGUCGUUAUUUUACAUCAUCAACAGCAGCAGCAGCAACAACAGCAGCAGCUCCAUCAUCCUCAGCAGCAGUAGCAGCAGCAGCAGGAAGCAAGACACCACCACCAUCUACUUCUGCAGGAGCAGCAGCAGCAGCAGCAGCAGCAGGAACGGGAUCGGGAUCGGGAUCGGGAUCGAUAGGGAGAAUAACACAAAUAAUAGGGGCAGUUGUUGAUGUUGAAUUUGAUGGUCCUCUCCCUCCUAUUCUUAAUUCCUUAGAGGUACAGCUAGAUGCGCAGCAGCUGCAGGAGCUGCAGCAGGAGCAGCAGCAGCAAGGACAGCAGCAGCAGCAGCAGCAGCAAGGACAGCAGCAGCAGCAACCGAGACUAGUCCUAGAGGUAGCACAACAUUUAGGGGAUAAUGUUGUUAGGACUAUUGCCAUGGAUAGUACUGAUGGUCUUGUUAGGGGACAAUUAGUUAAGGAUACAGGAAACCCUAUCAUGGUCCCUGUAGGUCCAAAUACAUUAGGUAGAAUAAUAAAUGUAAUAGGGGAUGCAGUAGAUGGGUAUGGAGAAAUAAAUACAAAAAUAAAAUAUCCAAUUCAUCGUCCUUCUCCUUCUUUCCAAGAACAAUCUACAGAACAAUCUAUGCUAGUAACGGGUAUAAAAGUAAUAGAUUUAAUGUGUCCCUUUAUAAGAGGAGGGAAGAUAGGAUUAUUUGGUGGUGCAGGGGUAGGGAAGACAGUAUUAAUAAUGGAGCUAAUAAACAAUAUAGCUAAGAAAUAUGAUGGUUUAUCUGUAUUUACUGGUGUAGGGGAGAGAACAAGAGAAGGAAAUGAUUUAUAUAAAGAAAUGAUACAAUCAGGGGUAAUAAAAAUAAAUAAAUAUUUAGAUAGUAAUAAAGAUAAUAAUACAGAGAAUAAUAAUAUAUAUAUAAAUAAAAAAUUAGAUAAUAAAUUAAUUAAAAAAAAUAAAGAAAUACAAGAAAAUAUAACAUUUACGGGUAGUAAGACUGCUCUGGUGUAUGGACAGAUGAAUGAGCCACCAGGAGCAAGAGCAAGAGUUGCAUUAACAGGUUUAUGUAUAGCAGAAUAUUUUAGGGAAGAAGAAGGAAAAGAUAUAUUAUUAUUUAUAGAUAAUAUAUAUAGAUAUACACAAGCAGGUAGCGAGGUAAGUACAUUACUUAAUCGUAUUCCUUCUGCUGUUGGUUACCAACCUACAUUAUCUAUAGAUAUAGGUAUAUUACAAGAAAGAAUAACAAAUAUAAAUAAUAAGGGAAGUAUAACAUCUAUACAGGCAAUAUAUAUACCUGCUGAUGAUCUAACAGAUCCAGCUCCUUCUUCUCUUUUUUACCAUCUAGAUACUUUUAUUGUAUUAAAUAGAUCUAUUAGCCAAUUAGGUAUUUAUCCUUGUAUAGAUCCAUUAGAUUCUUCUUCUCGUCUUCUUUCUUCUAGUAUAAAUAAUAAUAAUAAUAUAAAUAAUAUAAAUAAUAUAAAUAAUAAUAAUAUAAAUAAUAUAAAUAAUAAUAAUAAUAAUAUUAUAGAUAAUCAUUAUAAUAUAUGCAGAUAUAUACAGAAAUUAUUACAAGAUUAUAAAUCCCUACAAGAUAUAAUAUCUAUAUUAGGUAUAGAUGAAUUAAAUGAGCAAGAUAAACAAAUAAUAAAAAGAGCAAGAAAAAUACAAAAAUUUUUUUCUCAACCUUUUUCUGUUGCUGAGGUAUUUACAGGAAUAAAAGGUAAAUUUGUAGAUCUAGAUAAAACUAUUUCUUCUUCUUCUCUUAUUAUUAAUGGUUAUUUAGAUGAUUUACCUGAGGCUGCUUUCUAUAUGUGUGGAGAUAUUGACGAAGUUAAGGAAAAAGCUAUAAAGAUGGCUAAAGAUCUUUCUUCUUCUUCUUCUUCCUCUUCUUCUCCUAUUUAA